CUUCUUAGAGGACAGCGGGCGUGGCAACGCGGAACAGUAGGCUACAUUUAAUCAAACCGCGUCUAACCAACCUACGCAAACACACAUGUGUUCAAGGUGAUGACUCAACGGGAAGAACAGGGUCGCUAAACGGAAAGAACAGCGUGCCAGAGGUUCUAAUCAACAUUCACACCUCGCUGUCCGACAGUCCGCAGCUGGAUUCCAUUCGACGCGAGUGUUUACCAAUCGAGUUCUUGUCAUCCCAAGAACUCGAACGCUUUCGAGAAGUCUAGCUAUUACCUGUAUGGUAGGCCUAACUGGAUGAAAUGAAGCAUCAUUAAAUACCUUAGGUCUACAGUCCGGGCAACUGGAAUGAACUGAAUUGGUUAUAUCUGCGUCUGUUAAUUGGUUAAUGUCAGGUGGCAUAUGGACUGUUGGCUAGUGCAUUUACAUCGCAAGUGGAUUUCUGAGAGGUUCACUGGAGCCACCGGAACUGAACACCUUACUUUUACUACUCUCACUUUAGUCGUAGCUCAGGCUACGUGGUGUGAAUUCGAAACUCGUCUCGGUGCCUGGUGAGAAGAGGAAAGCCUGUGUUGGUCAGUGUUUGGUACCUUCUUUUCAAUUGCGCAAGGCUCAGGUGUGCGCUCCAAUUUUGGGAAGCCAUGGGCUGCACGGUGAGCGCCGAGGACAAGCUGGCUGCUGAACGAUCCAAAAUGAUCGACAAGAACCUCCGAGAAGACGGAGAGAAGGCAGCGCGGGAGGUGAAACUGCUCUUGUUAGGUGCUGGGGAGUCAGGGAAGAGCACCAUCGUCAAGCAGAUGAAAAUUAUCCACGAGGACGGCUACUCAGAAGACGAGUGCAAGCAGUACAGAGCUGUGGUCUACAGCAACACCAUCCAGUCUAUUAUGGCCAUCAUCAAAGCCAUGGGCAACCUGAAGAUCGACUACGGCGAGACUAGCAGAUCGGACGAUGCCCGGCAGCUCUUCGCCCUGUCAGCGGCUGCUGAGGAGCAGGGCAUCCUGCCCGAGGACCUGUCCAGCGUCAUCCGGAGGCUGUGGGCCGACGGCGGCGUGCAGAACUGCUUCACCCGAGCCCGAGAGUACCAGCUCAACGACUCCGCCGCAUAUUACCUAAAUGACCUUGAGAGGAUAGCCAAGCCCGACUACAUUCCAACCCAGCAGGACGUGCUUCGAACCAGAGUGAAGACCACUGGGAUUGUUGAGACCCACUUUACCUUCAAAGACCUGCAUUUUAAGAUGUUUGAUGUAGGAGGACAGCGUUCGGAGAGGAAGAAGUGGAUCCACUGCUUCGAGGGCGUCACGGCGAUCAUCUUCUGCGUGGCCCUGAGUGCCUAUGACCUUGUGCUGGCGGAGGACGAGGAGAUGAAUCGCAUGCACGAAAGUAUGAAGCUCUUCGACUCCAUUUGCAACAACAAGUGGUUCACCGAGACCUCCAUCAUCCUCUUCCUCAACAAGAAGGACCUUUUCGAGGAGAAGAUCACUCGCAGUCCUCUGGCCAUCUGCUUCCCUGAAUACACAGGAGCAAACAAGUAUGAUGAAGCGGCCAGCUACAUCCAGACCAAGUUUGAGGACCUGAACAAGAAGAAGGACACCAAGGAGAUCUACACACACUUCACCUGUGCCACUGAUACCAAGAACGUCCAGUUUGUCUUUGACGCCGUCACCGACGUCAUCAUCAAAAACAACCUCAAAGACUGCGGAUUGUUCUAAGAUCAACACAAACAUGGAUACUCACACGCACACCCACGCACUCGCCCAUCCACAUUCUCAUCCACACUGACCUCUCACACACACUCACACUGUUCUGACACUCGCACCACAUUCGGUAGGUCCAGAAAAAUCGCCUCUGUUUUUGCUAAGUGCAGGCUGCGUUGUUCUCUUUAGCCAGCCAACGGUAACAGCUUGCAUAAACGUGUAGGCUUCAAAACCCUGGCAGAAAUAUCUGCAUCGUCAUUCUGCCUUAGGUUUCAAACCUCGCCACAACCGGUGACAUACUAUUGAACAGGUGGUCUCUGAAGAGCAGAGAGAGUCUUCAGUACAGAAGAAUCAUCAGGAAUCCCCAAUGAACUACCGAGACGGACCUCCAUCAGUCAGUUAAAUCAGCACACCCUUGGUCACUGGAUUUUUCUCUCAUUUUUUUCACUUGAUUUGUUUUGCUCUGUGCAUCAGAUAUUUAAUUUUGAGGAGAUUGAUACAAAUGUACUCUUUUUUGUGUCUUACAAGCAUUUUUUUAUGACAGUAUUUCUUUUUAUCGUAAAAAUAAAAAAAAUGGAUAAAAGGAUCUUUUGUAUUACAGCAUUCAUUUUCUUUAACUGAUGUGAAAAUUUUAUCUAGCUUAAUUGUGUAUUAUAGUGCUCAUUUUUUGUAAUGGUAAAACACAGGAAAUGACUGAUUGAAAGGUAAAUGAAAAUGCUUUUUUAAGAGACAAUGUUUACAUUAAUUCCACACUUGGCUAACAGUGUACCUUCUACUGCAUGCUAUGCUAACCCUAGAGCAGCUUGAAGCCCAUCAGUAUCUCAAUCCCAUCAAAGGUUUUGUGUGAUUUCUAGAAAAGAGCUAACAAACAACAACAACAACAACAACAACAACAACAACAAAAAUCACAUGCACUGUACAUUUUGACCAAUAUUUAAAAUAUAUGUAUCUAACAUGUACAAAUUUCUCAUUUCUUUUUUGUAGCAUUCACUUAUGUUUUGCAGUGUCUGUGCCUUGAUUAUGUUGACACCUGUCUGUAGAGAUUUGAGUUGUCUAUAAUGUAAAUUAGGACCAGUGUUUUUCACAAUGUUAAGGGAAAAGGCUAAAUAAAGGGGUAUCAUGUUGAUGAGAGUAAGAAAAUGUUUCCAUGUUUAGCUUAAAUUUGGGGUGCAUCAGCAAAGGAUAUUCUUUCUUAUACAUGCACAAUGAGAAUGCAAAUAAAGAUUGAGUCCUUAGAA